AUGCGAGGUAAAUUCCGGGUCACAGCAGCAAAUGGUCAGCCGGCUGCAAUACCGCGGGCUCUUUUUGUUGCAGAGAAUGCUUGCGCAGUCCGACAGCAACACCUGGCCAUACAGCAGCACCUGGCUGCGUGGCGACUACAGCACAAGGAGCGCAAACAACAGCUUGAGCAGGAGCGGAAAGACUUCGUGGUGGUUGGUCUAUCUGGACAGCUAGUGAUAUAUCCAUCGUAUGUCCUGCUACCUCCUGGCGCACAAGGCAUUUUCCUGCUGACGCUUCGGGCGUCUCAUCCUAAAGUUCUGGACACCUUUAUUUUAGUUGAGACGCUGGAAGACAGCCAACCUGUUGCCGUUUCUCUUAAAGCUAAAAUUUCACUGCCACAUCUGCGCCUUAGCACUCACACUGUAAAUCUGCCGCCAUUGUUCCUGCUGCGGCCUCUGCUGCUGAAGCAGCAGCUUACAGUUUACAAUGACGGAGACAUACCCAUCAAGAUCUGCUGGAACUCACCUAAACAAGUGGCAGAUACGGCAUCUCAGCAGCUAGUGCAACAGCAGGGGGAAGAGCAACAAGUGGCAGAGAGAACUGUUCCGCCUACGGCCACACCUGCCGCACGUGGCCCCUGCGGCCUGCUAGUAACUGUGUCUCCCGCUGAGUGUAUUGUGGGCAGUCGGAGCUUUGUCUCUUUAGAUAUCUCCUGCUUAGGUAUCCUUGCCUCCCCUUGCUUGGUCGUGAAGGCCUAUUGUCAAGGUGCUGGCCUGAUGCUGCCCCUGCAAGUCACAUUUGCGGCUGCGUGCAGCGGGGCAUCCAUUACGUAUGCUCUUUUUACGGAGCAACAGCUCAAAGCCGCCGCUUCACUGUUGCAGCAGAAGCGGUUGCCCCAGGAAGGUCUGAAAGUAUCUGCCCAACACCAGAAUGCAUUCAGCGCUCUUUUGCAAAAAGGCACGGUGGAGGAACGACAGCAUGAGCAAGACGUAUGUCUGCCUGGGCAAGAGGCCAGCGUUAGUAGCAGAAGCAGAGCAAGCAGCGUUGCGUCACCUCGCACUGAAGAUGAAAAUGAAAUGCAACAAAGGCCAAAAGGUGUCGCUGCAACACUUAAGGCUGCCGGCAUCGGCACUUGGGGCGUUCUGAAGCAGCAGUGGAAUUCGGCGCCUCACGGUAGCCAAGGGGCACCAGAGGUGGAGCUUCCAGCCUUAACUGUGGGAGAGGAAAACUCCUUUCUCUAUUUGUUGGCUAUAAAUGAUUCGCCCAUCAAGACUACAAUCCGGCUGGACGCUUUGACAAGUGCCCACCAGCAGCAGCAAACGCAUCAGCAGGAACCGGUGAUGCGGCAGCAACGGAUACGGCACCCAUCAUAUUGUGAGGAUGGCAGACCAGUGGGCGCGCUCAUGUGCCCAGACUGUACCAGCAGUAGCAGCAAAGUCUACAACGAAGUGGGAAGCAGCAGCAGCAGGGAAAUUCUGUCGUCUUGGCUGGCUCAAACAGACGCAUGCUUCACCUCCUGUACAAACAGCAGUAACCACAGCAGCAGUAGCAGCAGCGCCACAAACCACAAUAAUAACAGCGGAACUAAGGGCAGGAAUGGUGGAGUUCUUGAUUCAGACUACCUGUCUGCUGAGGCCCUAUUAGUCCAAGCAGCCUCUUUUGCUGCUCCUUCUGAGAUGCAGCAUUCGUUUCUGGGCUCGCUUCAUGCAGAUCGACCUUCGUUUAAGACUGCUGCUGGUGUACGGGCACUUCAGAUAACAGCAGCAAGGCGGCGGCGGCAGCAGUUGCUGAGGGCUACCGAUGAAGGCUUGGUGAUAAUUCCUCACCCUGAAAGCAGUUGCGUGCUGCAGCAGCAACAAGCUGCAUUGCUUGCCCUAGAAAUGCUUGCUUCUCUUCCCGCGAACUUUGACGCAGCCCUGCGGCUGUCACUGGAGCCAUCGCUGCCCUCUUCGCAACAGUUGCAGCAACAUCAGCAAGUGGUACAACACCAAGCUGUAACACUUAUACCUCUCAAAGUGCCAGUGAGGGGUCCCUUAUUGCAGAUUCCUUCACCCCAGCAGUGUCUUCGUUUCCGGGACUGCAUGCCACCGCUCAUGACUGCCCAGAUUGCCCUACAGCAGCCUUCCAUGGUAGAGAAGGGACAGAAGCAGCUACAGCAGAAGCAGCACUCAAAUUUCACUAGCUAUAGAACCAAAACGAAGCUCAUGCUUCUCAAAAUGCCUGCCAAAGACCCGCAGGUUGCCGAGCCAGCAGCAGCUGUAGCAGACACUCAGCAGAAACAGCAGCAGCAAUGCCAACAGGGGGACAAAGAGCAGCGCAUAACCUUUAGAAUAGAGAACAGCAGCAGCAAGUGGCUGCACGUUAAUUGGAUUCUGUUUGACAUCGGCCUUUGGGAAAUGCAGCAGAAAUUGGAGAGGCAGCUACAGCAAGCUGCCACCUUGAGGGAAGCAGCCAUUGAGGCACUGCGCCAGCGUGUGGUCGGGACGGCGUGCGAGGCGGCAGCAGCCGCAGAAGCAGCAGUGGGCGCAGCAGCAGCAGCCACUUCCGUUGCUGCACCUACGGCUGUCGCGCCCAGCCGGAAGCCACAGAGGUCACAGCCAGCCAAAACUCCCGACCUAGCUGUACUAGCAGCGGAAGCAGCUGCUGCAGCUGCAGUUGCUGCUGAGGAAGCUUCGAUGAGGGCUACAGAAGCAGCGGCCGCCGCCGCUGAAUUUGGCAUACUGAAGACAAAUGUUGGAUGGAAAGCUCUGGGGGAAGCGGCAACACCCGCAAACGUUUCUGCAGCAGCGGCAGAUGGAGAUGUAAUAGCGAAAGAGCUUCUACCCAAUACAACUCUCGAACUCGAAAGCAGCCGGAGACACCCGUCAUUAUAUGCUUCACCGGAUCCACUAGCGCAGACAGAUAGACAGACAGUUGCAGGAGAAGCUGCCGCACCUGCAGUAGUAAGCAAGGCUGCAAUUAUCCCACAGGAAGGACCUGGAGGUAUUCUACAAGGCCCUUCUCUCGAAAAGGGUGCUGGAAGAGAUGGUCCAGUUGACUUGGUGUCAACAGAUGCAUUGGCGCCAUCAUCAGCAGUACCAGGCAGCGCACAAGAAACACUGCCUACGAGCUCAGAGGAGAAGCCAACGGGAGAUGAAGCAGCAGCAGCUGCAUGGGCCGACCGCUACACUGAGCUGCUCCCCCCUCACUAUUGCUUGGUGUCAGACAUGAUGCCUCUUUUACCUGAAAACCGGGCCGUUGCUGCUGCAGUCGAAGUGCUUCGCUCCCAGAAAACCGCAGCGCUGGCGGCACCCCAGAGAGACUUGCAAUCAACAGCAGAAGAGCAAGCAGGUCAGGUGGACGAGGCAACUAUACUUGCUUAUGGCGACGCCGAGGCGAAGCCUACAGGGUUGACUGCUCACGCAGCGGGUGAGGGGACAAUAAAAGCGGUUACUUCAACACAGGGCAGUGCAACUGCAUCGAUGUUGCACAGUUGCGACUACUCCUGGAGUGCAAGAGGCACACGCUGCAGCACCGAGCUACCGCAGCCGAGUUUCAACGCAGAUGGGAUGCUUCGCUGUCCAGCCAUGACGAGCACAAAACCAACUGCUUCAGGAGAAGCAGCAGCCGUAGCAGAAGUAGCAGAGCCUGCAAUGGGUGGUGUGGCAUUUUGUCACAAGGGUAUUGCCAUGCCUCGCAUGGAGCCCUCCGAAUUCGUAUUGGCUCCUUACGGUACUAUCGAGGUAUCUCUUUGCUGUGGGGCUCUCCAGACAUCCCCAGGGUAUCACAGACUCAGAGCUGUGGGCGUUGCGGCCCCCAUCUCUAUGGAAGCAGCACAAACAGGAAAAAUAGCAACAACUGCUGCUGCUCGCGACGCAUAUCCUGUCGAGGGAAAGGCCACCAUGGCUUGCAACUCCUCAGGCCGAAAACAUCCAAAAAUGGGAAAGACACAAUCUAAACAAUCGGCAGCUGCGCCUGAAAGCAAAAAGAGUGACACAGUGUGCCGACGACAACAAUUGCAGAAGCGGUUCCUGAGCUGUACAGGCGUCAACCCUUCAAGUUGUCCUGUUACACAGCCUCCCAACCGGCCUCUGCGUUCAUUGUUUAAUGACACUUUUGAAGCUGUUUAUCAAAGCCAAACCGCUGGCAUCCCUGCUGAAACCCCUGAAGCCUUUGAUGCUGCAGCAGGUCCUGCUGAUGCGGCACCUUCUGGGGACGCUCACGGUAGUGGGGCUUGUCUGAUAGUCCCUACAGUGCUUGCUGCUACUCCUCUCAUCGUCGACUUCACAAUCCAGACGCGGCUGCCUAGUCUACGCAUGACGUUUGGCGCAGAAAACCCCACAGAACCAAUGAAGCCAACAGUAGCAGAACCAGGAGCAGAAAAGAAAACAAAAGAAGACACAACUGGGCCCCGAGCUUUGUGGUUUGCGUCAGAAGAGGCAGCAGCACCGGGUAGCGAACACGUGGACAGCGCAGGCUGGCCCGUUACUGCUGUCCCUAUCCUGAAGGAAGUGAUCCUGCAACCAGCAAGCCACUGUCAUUCCGUCACCUGCUCUGUCUCUAUAAAGGGAAGAUCUUUCAAACUUGUGAAUGCCGAGCUGCAGCAGCAGCCACAAGAGCAAAAAGAGCGAAUACAGCACACAGGGCAUCAGCGGCAGCAGAAACUUGCCGCGCCAGCCCAGGAGCAGAUGACAUUCACAGUCCAGAGACACCAACAGCUCCGGCUGGUUGUGGAGUUCUCUCCUCCAACAUGUGAAGCAAUGGCCAAAGGAGACGCCUGCUGUUCCGGUCAACUGCUUAUUUCAUAUCCAAUGGCUCAGCCCUCAGGAGGCACCAGCAAGAAUUCUAUGGUGAGGCGUCUGCUAUUGCUUAUACAGAAGCUACAGCAACAGCAGAUUAAGCCGCAGCUGGAAGCGUUAGAAGAGCAUCCCCUCUUCCAAGCCUUGCUGGGAGGCGUUCUUCGAGUGCUGUGGCCAGAAGGCGAUCCUCUUGCACUCUUGCUAUUGGGAUUUUCAGCCUUACAGGAACAGCACAAGCGCGGAUUGCAGGGGACAGGACAAAGUUCGCUGCUGCUGCAAUAUCAGAAGCUGCUGCAGCGUCUUGACGCCGUGCUGCCUAAAGUUUCAGCGGCAGCUGCUUGUGCACUUGUGGCAGAGGAAAACUCCUGCGAGCCCUUCGAUGGAAGCGCUGCAGCAGCACCAGCUUCUUCAACUGCUGCUGCUCAAGUGUCCAACAGCACCCAGGUUGUGUCUCUUGUAGGACUCUCCAGGCAAGCGUUUCUUCUGCUUUGGGCUCCACCUGAGAUGCAAGGCACGGCAGGAGAAAGGGGUUGGUGUCCCUACUGCGAUCCACAGCGCCCUCUUGUAAUAGACUUUCAAACCAUUCACGUGGAAUCCCGACGGCGUCCCAGCAAAAUGCUGCAGGUGCGGGCUGUCUCAGCAACAGCUGUGGACUGGCGUGUCAUUUUGUGCGGCAACAGCAACAGCGGUAACAGCAUCACAAAGCGCAGCAGUAACGAAAGCGAGGACGUGGGAAGCAUUGGGACUGCAACGCAGCAACUGGGUUUGGCCGGGGAAAACGUGAAAGCAGAACGGGCGUUUCAGUUUAGCCCGUCACAGGGGACACUGCAGAGCAUGAAGUUCGGGGGAAGAAAGGCAGAAAACAGCACCGCCUCCAUUUGGAUACGCUUCAUACCCACUCAUGUCGGUCAGUACGCUUGCCUCUAUAAACUGACAGCUGGCACGGCGGCGCCCCAGUACUUCGAGCUGCGCGGCGCAGCCUCAACGGAUGAAGAGUUUGACGUCAGCGCCAACUUGGGUCAUCUUGAGCCACCUCACCUGACUAGCACUUAG